AUGUCGGAUGACAGCGAAGAGUAUACAGACGGUCUUAGGCGCCUGCCUCCCAUUGCGACAGAGGAGACGCCGCUCCUGGAGGACGACCCCCCUCAGGCCGAAGACACCGACGGCACUCCCAUCGCCAGGGAACCAACAGCAAUUGAACUGACGGUGGUCCUCGGCAGCAUCUGGGUAGGCGUCUUUCUCUCGGCCCUGGACGCUACUGUUGUUGCGACUCUUUCGGCUCCGAUCUCGUCGUCCUUCAAUUCCUUGUCCCUGUUGUCGUGGGUCGCGACCUCGUAUCUGAUCUCCAAUGCCGCCUUCCAACCUCUGAGCGGCAAGCUGACCGACAUCUUCUCGAGACGCGCCGGCCUCUUAUUCUCCAACUUUUUCUUCGCCCUGGGAAACCUGAUAUGCGGACUGGCAACGCAGCCAUGGAUGAUUAUCGCUGGCCGCGUCGUCGCGGGCAUUGGCGGGGGUGGCCUGACAACCAUUUCUACGUUUAUCACGUCUGACCUGGUUCCUCUCCGGCAACGUGGAGUAUGGCAGGGGGUUGGCAAUAUCUGUUACGGUACCGGCAUGGGGCUUGGAGGUGUCUUUGGAGGCUUGAUUAAUGACACACUUGGCUGGCGCUGGGCCUUUCUCAUCCAGGUCCCCGUCAUUAUCUUCUCCGGCAUUCUGGUCUCCUUUACUGUGAACAUUCCCGUCAAGGAGACUGACCGUUCGCGCAUCAAGCGAGUCGACUUUCUCGGGGCUUUAACCCUCAUCGUUUUCCUUGUUUUACUGCUACUCGGCUUGAAUGCCGGUGGGAACUCGGUGCCUUGGAAUCACCCACUGGUCCUGACGAGUCUACCUCUGUCCGCCGUCUUCUUUUUCAUCUUUAUUUAUGUCGAAGAUAAAGUGGCAUCCGAGCCAAUGAUACCCGUCCGUCUAUUGCUCGAUCGAACUGUCGGCGGCGCGUGCAUCACGAACUGGUUCGCUACUAUGACUGUGUUUGGAUCACUGUACUAUGUACCCAUCUACUUCCAAAUCCAGGGUUAUUCGGCAACAGCUGCGGGAGUGCGCCUGAUACCUCAAGCUGUUGGCACCGCCAUUGGGUCCUUGAGCACAGGUAUGAUAAUGAAGAGCACUGGCCGGUAUAAAUUCUUGAGCCACCUCACAAUGACCCUAAUGGUCGCCGCUUCGGCUGCCAUCUGUACAUUCCGCGUGGACUCGCCGGCAUGGCUACCAUUUGUGUGCCUUUUUGUUCUAGGCUUGAGCUAUGGUGCUAUGCUUACGAUUACUUUGGUCGCCCUCAUUUCCGCGGUCGACCACCACUACCACUCCGUCGUCACCUCCGCCUCGUAUGCAUUCCGAAGCACUGGGAGUACGAUUGGCAUCACUAUUGCUUCGACCGUGUUUCAGAAUGUCCUCAAAAAACAGCUGUGGGCUCGAUUCGGCGAUCGCGACGGCGCUGAGGAGUUGAUUCCCCAAAUCCGCGAUAGCCUGGACGAGAUCUGGAAAGUGCCCAGCGAUUGGUACCAGGGCGUGCUCGGUUCCUACGAGACCGCUCUUCAAGCACUGUUUGCGACACUGCUUGGCCUGGUUAUCUUGGCCGCGCUGACGAGUUUGCUUAUGAGACAGCACAAACUACACAACAACCUCGCUCGACGUUAG